AAGGAAAGAAGCAGAAAAAAGUGGGGAAGAGGGAUGGAUAGUCUGUUAAGAUUAAAAUGACAAGAAAGGGUAAAGCAACGCCAUUUUCAUUGUCAGUCACGAUUUCCGACACGUCGGCAGAUGAAAAGAAAAGAAACUGAUCCGUACAAUACAAGACGUCAGAAAUUCGGCCACCGCAAUCAUGAUCAUGAAAACCUCUCUCGCUCGGUCUCUUCCUUCCUUCCUUCCAGCGUUAUACGCCAAAAUGAAAACGCCAUAACCAAAAACACAAAACAUUAAUCAAAUUCCAACGUUCUCAAACCCCAAAUUUCUUCCUGCUCAUUCCCAUUCUCUCCCCUUUCCCUUCCCCCCAUGGCUGACAAGACCAACGAUGCCGACUCCGAGUUCUUUCUCGACCACGAUGACUCUGCCGACGACGACUUUGAACGCACCAAAAGCAUGGAGGAUCGCAGCAACAGCACCUACAGCACCUACAGCGACGCUGACGAUGCUCCCAACGGCCUCGGAGGUCGGACCUCCACUUUCACUUCUCAGCAAUGGCCACAGAGUUACAGAGAAGCAACGGACUCUUAUACAAUCAUGGCUUCACCAAAUUUUGGAACGUUCCGCGUUCCAAGUAUAUUGCAAACAAGCUUGCAGAAUCUUAGUAGAAGUAGUUUAGAAAUGGAUGCAAAAGCUCCUUUGUUAUCAGUUCAUGGUGGCGCUGAUCAAAAUGAGGAUUUUGAUAACUUGUCAAGAAUUCAAUCACUAAGGUCAGAGAGAGCCACAUUUUCUAAGCAAUUGACUGGUGAAUUACCUAUUGGUCGUGGGUGCAGCUUCACACAGACCAUCUUCAAUGGAAUCAAUGUAUUGGCUGGAGUAGGACUUCUCUCCACACCUUUUACUGUAAAGGAAGCUGGCUGGGCCAGUUUGGGAGUUCUGGUUCUUUUUGCCAUUGUGUGUUGUUACACAGCCACACUUAUGAGGUACUGUUUCGAGAAGAGAGAGGGAGUCAUAACAUACCCAGAUAUAGGAGAAGCAGCCUAUGGAAAAUUUGGACGUCUUUUUGUCUCUAUCAUUUUAUAUCUGGAAUUAUAUUGUUACUGUGUUGAAUUUAUUAACUUGGAAGGAGACAAUCUAACCAGUCUAUUUCCUGGAGCAUCGUUGAGUUUGGGGAGUAUUCAGUUGGACUCUAUGCAUCUUUUCGGAAUUUUGACUGCACUGAUUGUUUUGCCUACUGUUUGGCUGAGAGAUCUCCGUGUGAUCUCAUACCUGUCAGCUGGUGGGGUCAUCGCAACCAUCUUAAUAGGACUCUGCUUAAUAUUUCUCGGUACAUUUGGUGGCAUUGGGUUUCACCAAACUGGUGAAGCAGUGAACUGGAAGGGUAUUCCUUUUGCAAUUGGUGUGUAUGGAUUUUGUUAUUCUGGCCACACCGUGUUUCCAAAUAUAUAUCAAUCUAUGGCAGAUAAAACAAAUUUCACCAAGGCGCUAAUAGUAUGCUUUAUUUUGUGUGUGCUACUUUAUGGAGGGGUUGCUAUCAUCGGAUUUCUCAUGUUUGGCCAAAAUACAUUAUCCCAGAUAACUUUGAAUAUGCCAAAACAUGCUUUUAGCUCCAAAGUUGCAGUGUGGACAACAGUUAUCAAUCCAUUAACCAAAUAUGCACUGUUGAUGAAUCCAUUGGCAAGAAGUAUAGAGGAGCUACUACCUUCUAGAAUUUCAAAUAGCUACAUGUGUUUCAUUCUUCUAAGAACAGCCCUUGUUGCUUCUUCCGUUUGCGUGGCUUUCCUACUUCCCUUUUUUGGACUGGUGAUGGCUUUGAUUGGCUCUCUUCUCAGCAUACUUGUGUCGGUAAUAAUGCCAGCCGUAUGCUAUCUAAAAAUAAUGGGAAGCGAAGCUACAAAGAUACGGAUCGCUUCGAGUAUCUUCGUCGUUGGACUCGGUUUUGUUAGUGCAAUUUUGGGAACAUAUUCUUCUCUGAAACGGAUUGCAGAGAGUUACUGAGACAGAUAUAUGGUCCGAGUAGAUAUACUAUAGGCUUCAUCAUGUCUGCAGUCCUAGCUAUUGGUACUAGCUUCAAAGGCAUAAAAUUAGGCAGUUUGAACUUCUAAAUAAUUGUACCAUCUGUUAUUAAUCUCAUCAUUUCUAUGCUUAGUUCUUC